GCCACAGAAGAAGAGGGAGUCGCUUCCGGCUGUAGUAAAUAAAGCAGUGAAGAAGAAGUGCAGCUUUGUGAGAAGAUAGCGAUAGCAAUACAGUCACGACCCGAUUGUGGCCUUGAGCGACUGAAAAACGGAGAUAAAAUACACGCUUAAGGCACUUGGGAGUUGUAAAGUAUGUGGACACAGAAUCCAGGUCAUCCAGGUUCAAGUUGAGGAUCGUGGACGACAAUUUAAAGGCGCUCGCUAGCAAACAAAACCAAACUUUUUCAAGCGUUUGAGACAUACGAAGAACAAAACCAGUAACCCGCCGGAUCAAGUCAUGUCUCGCCGAAGAAGCCGCAGUACGUCACCAGGGCGUUAUUCACGUUCCUGCAGCAGUAAUGAUCCCAAAGAUUUGGAGAGAAGGAUUUUUGUUGGGAAUUUGCCAACCUCUGACAUGGAAAAGAAGGAUUUGGAAGACCUGUUCAGCCCAUACGGGAAAAUAGUCGGCGUAUCCAUGUUUCGUGGGUUUGGAUUUGUACAAUUUGAACACGUUGAGGAAGCCGAAGCUGCAAAGGCGGCCCAAAAGGGUCGAAUAUAUAAAGGUUAUAAAAUAGAUGUAAAUAUGGCAGUGGAGAGACGGCAAGCUAAACCUCAAUCCCAGCAGAGCCCUCCACGAAGGGCCCCGUAUAGCAGUUAUGGGGACAGCAAAGAGCCGCGGCCUCGGUCCCGUUCACCUGUUUAUGGGCGUGACAGCCGUGACAGUCGUGAUGGACGUGAGCCUCGGGACAGCCGUGACGGGAGGGAUUCGGGCAGGGAGCCCAGGCCGGGUGGCCACUCUCGUGACCACGAUUACCGCUACCGUAGCUCAGAGAGCAGAGACAAGGAUGUGAGAGGUGACCCACGGGAUCCUCCAUACAGCAGAGAUGACUAUGACCGAUACUACCGCAGUGGCAGUGGUGCAGAGGAUUAUUACCGGAGGAAGGAGGAACCCUACAGGGACCCUUACAGAGAUCCCUGGAACGGACGCCGCGAGCCAGAGGCAGAUGAUCGUGCUCGACCAGAAGAACGUCGGCGUAAUGAAUUGUAUCGACAGUACUAUGAAGAACUCCAGCGGCGCUAUGACACUGACCGUCCUGUUGACUGCUCUGUGAUCGUCGUCAACAAGGCACAAAAUAGGGAGUAUGCAGAGACGGUUGGGCGAAAGGUCCGUGACUUGGGUAUGGUGGUGGACCUUAUCUUCCUCAACACAGAAGUGUCCCUAACCCAGGCUCUGGAGGAUGUGGGCAGAGCCCGCACUCCCUUUGCCAUCAUCAUCACCCAGCAGCACCAGGUCCACCGGUCCUGCACUGUCAACAUCUUGUUUGGCACACCACAAGAGCAUCGAAACAUGCCAAUGCAGGAUGCUAUGAUGCUCGUUGCCCACAAUUAUGACGCAUACAAAGUGGAGAACCGUGAAAAAGAACGUGAGGAGAUUGCAAGAAAGGCUGCUAAGAUGGCAGAUGACGUAUUACUCAGGGAGCCUGACAGAGAGAGCCACCCCAUCUCUGUGCUCACCCCUAUCACACUGCUGGCUGAAAACCGAUUUGUAACCCCUGAGGAACUGGAUAGUCUCAUUGCAUACCUGAAGGAUAAAAGAGCUCGGCUGGUACGGAGCACUGCAGACCCUCUCUCAGCUGCAGUCCAUGUUCCAGCUCCAGCACCAGUGCACCACGACAUUCAGUCCUCAGCUGUAGGACUGCCUCCUUCAUCCCAUUCUACUCACAACCCCCCACAGUCCAGCCACCUCGGCCUAUCUGCUGGCCCAAGCGUCUCAGCUAACCCUAACCACCAGCAGGAGCUGCAGGCUAAAAUCCUCAGUCUGUUCAACAGCGGCACUGGGGCGUCAGUAGGCGCCGGCGGCCUGUCCUCCGCUGCCCCCCAGUCGCAGGCAUACGGCUCCCUUGGCCCAUCCGUUCCUCAGAAUCCACCCCGCCCAGCUAUGCCUGGUGUUCCCACAGCUGCAUCCCAGGGUUACGGCACCCCACAGGGCCGCAUGGCAGCCGCACCAGGUGGUCAAAGACCCCCCAGCUCUACUUCUGGUAUCAAUUUUGACAACCCGAGUGUCCAGAAAGCUCUCGACACACUCAUUCAGAGCGGACCGUCUCUUAACCACCUGGUGGGUGCUGGGGCCUCUCAGCAGCCACCCCAAAGACAAGCACCUGGCAUGGGCCAGGUCCCGUCUAUGUCCAUGUAUCCCCGACACUACUGACAGGAUGUAGGAAAUUACUUCUUCUAAUGUGCGGUCCACCUUUCCUUAACACAUCAGUUCUCUGUGAAGUGAAUUUACCAGCUGUGUAUAGAUAGUCUGUAGGAAUGUUUUUGUAAACGCUUUUAAUUUUUGUUCUUUUUUUUUUUUUAAUCUUUUUAUUCUGGGCAUUGUUCUCAGUUUGUUAAAUUUGAUGACUUGUCCAGACUACUAAAUGGUCUGUAUUUUCAAUUAUUAUUAACCAGAAGAUUGAUAGUCUUCUUACAUGCAAGUUAAACAAUGAAGAUAUGGUGCAUGUGUGAAGUAUAUUUUGGUUCUUGAUGGACACCUUCUUUUCCAACCAUGAUCUGUUGUUCGUUUUAUAGUUUUUCCAGCAUCUUUUAAUUUGUAAGACUGUUUUCAAUGUCAAAACAAAGACAUGAUUAAAAACUCAAGACACAAUUGCUGUAAUAAAA